AUGUCUCUCACCUACGCUCCUACCGUCACUGUUACUGGUGGCUGUGUGCCUGUCUGUGCAGACUACAUCUCUUGCGGCCAAACCUUCGGUGGCUGUUUCACCUCCUGUCCUGGUGUUCCAACUCCAGAGCCUACCAUCCCAGACUAUGUUAUCUCUGCGUGUGUCGCUCUUGGUAGCACUACCGUCAGCACAGCUACUCAACCAGAAUAUUCAAACCCCGUCACCGUGAUUGGAAUUCCUUCGGUUUCUACCGCCGCUGAAACUACCACCGAAAACAUCAAUACCGUUGGUACCCAGACUGGUGUUUUCACCAUCUUGACGGAUACGACCAGUUUCACCACGAAAGUCUAUACCAAUUCUACGGCCAUUCCUAGAAAUGGGACCACCUCUGGUUUGCCAACUCCCACCGACGGCCAACCAUCAGCCAGUGAGCGUGUAAUUAGUGCUAUUCACCUUGGAAUCAUGCUUGGAGCCUUGAUUGCUACCGUUGUCGCUGGAGUCUUCGCCAUCUAA